AUGUCCCUGACCAACGCCUCCCCUCUGGACGCCGCCAAAGCGGCCAAGUCGGCCUCCCACGUCCUAGCCACGCUGUCUACCUCCGCGCGCAACGACGCCCUCACUGCCAUCCAUGCUGCGCUGACCGCUUCCCGCGACGAAAUCCUCGCCGCCAAUGCCCGCGACCUUGAGCUCGCCCGCCAGGCCGCAGCCGAUGGCAAGCUCAGCUCUAGCCUGGUCGCCCGCCUUGACCUGGGCAAGAAGGGCAAGUACGAUGAUAUGCUCAAGGGCAUCCUCGAUGUGAGGGAUCUUCCCGAUCCAGUGGGCAAAGUCACCCUCCGCACGAAGCUGGACGAAGGUCUCGAGCUUGAAAGAGUAACCUGCCCGAUCGGUGUACUCCUCAUCAUCUUCGAAGCCCGCCCCGAAGUCAUCGCCAAUAUCGCCGCUCUUGCCAUCAAAUCCGGCAACGCAGCCAUCCUCAAAGGCGGCAAAGAAUCCACCGAAUCCUUCAUCGCCAUUUCGCGCGCCAUCUCCUCUGCCCUGGAAAAGACCUCCGUCCCCAACGACGCUAUCCAACUCGUCACCACCCGCGACGUCAUCCCCGAGCUCCUCGCCCUUGACCGGCACAUCGACCUCGUGAUCCCGCGUGGCUCGUCCGACCUGGUGCGGUACAUCAAGACCACAACCCGCAUCCCCGUGCUCGGCCACGCCGACGGUCUCUGCGCAAUCUACCUGGAGCAAUCGGCCGACCCGGCAACGGCGCCGGAUAUCAUCGUCGACGCGAAGACGAGCUAUCCGGCUGCGUGCAACGCGCUGGAGACGCUGCUCGUGCAAGACACCGCGCUGACGACCCUCCUUCCCCCGGUAGCAUCGGCCCUCGCGGCCAAGGGUGUCGAGCUCCGCUGCGAUGAGAAAAGCAAAGCCGCUUUGGCUUCGGCUCUCCCCGAUCUUAAGAUCGUCGACGCAACCGAAGAGGAUUAUUACACCGAGUUCCUCUCCCUCACCCUCGCCAUCAAGACGGUCUCCUCCCUCGACGAAGCCAUCACGCACAUCAACACUCACGGCUCGCACCACACAGACGCAAUUCUGACCUCCGACAAGGCGCAAGCCGAGCAAUUCAUGUCGGCGGUGGACUCGUCAGGCGUGUACUGGAAUGCGUCGACACGGUUCGCGGACGGGACGCGGUAUGGGUUCGGGACGGAGGUGGGGAUUAGCACCAACAAGAUUCACUCGAGGGGGCCGGUCGGGUUGGAGGGGCUGAUGAUUUAUAAGUAUAAGCUGCGCGGGCAGGGACAUGUGUCGGCUGUGUAUGGGGAGGGCGAGGGGAAGAAGAGGUAUUUGCAUCAGCCGCUUCCGCUGGAGUAA